AUAUAUUAGCAUAUUGCUUUAAAAUCUUUGAAUUUCUUAAGUUUCAUUCCUAUGAGCCAGUGUUUGCAUCACAGGGUCCUCCUCCUCCUCCUCCUCUUUCUCAUCCUCAUCAUCCUGCCGCUCCUUCCUCCGAGCGGCACAUCGCAGCCAUGGUGGACUCUCCCAGCGCCAUGAAGAAAACCUUCACGGUGCCGGAGAUCAAGCCGCUGGACAAGUACGACAUUAGCCGGGCCAGGAUCUGCGCCAGCGUCCGGUGGCUGCUGUCCAAAUCGUACGGCUCUGCAGGUACCAGCUCCACAUCACCGAGGCGCCUCUUGGAAAACGUCCCAGUGGAGCUCCGAGAGCCACUUUACAAGGACCAGUAUGAACAAGAGCAUCUCAAGCCAUCCGUCACCAAGCUGCUGCUCUCCCCAGAGAUCUACUGUCGAACUCAGGCCCUGCUGGCUCAGGGACAUGGGGGCUCUAGGCAGGCGUCGCAGGGGUCCCUGACUGAUAACUUGGCCCUGCUGCAGUUCCUCAUUAAGAAAGGGUUCUCCCCAAAGGUCCAGGAAGCAGACGUCACAGAGGAGGACCUCAGCAAGAGCCCCAUCAACGCGAAAGCGCAUCUGGCCCUCAUCGACUCGCUGAUGUCACUGUCUGCCAGAGAGAUGAUUGGCCAGGUCAAAAUGGCGGCAGAAGCAGAACAGAUUGGUAUUGGGGCACCAUGGGAGAAUGCGCUGCUCUUCUGGGUCAACAGGCAAUCCCUCAUCCUGAGCAAGCACGUGGCCACAGUGGAGAGGAAUGCCAACAAAGCGAUGGAUGGAUGGAUGCUGAACCAGAAGUUAAGAGAAAGCACAGAGGAAGAAGAGCUUCCUAAGUCACAAACAUGCUCAGAUUUGCAGCCUGUUCAAGAAACGUGUCAGUCCAACCGCUGGUACUGGAAACUAGUCCCUCAUGCUAUCGCUUUUUGUUUGAAGGAGUCGGGGAAUAAACCUCCUGUGAUUCGCUAUAGAAAGGACAAAGUACAGUCCAAGCUGACUCCUACUUUUCCUUUGGUUUCUGCGGUCAAAGAUCUGUCUAAUGGCUGCGCUAUAGCUGCUGUUCUGCACUACUACUGCCCCAGCCUUCUACCUCUAGAGGAUGUUUGUCUGAAGGACACCAUGUCUGUGGCUGACAGCGUCUACAAUCUGCAGAUGAUCAAGGAGUUUUGUGAGAGCAACUUACAGAGCUGCUGCCCCCUUGCUGUUGAGGAUCUGCUUUACGCUCCUCCAGCUCUGCAUCUGAAUAUAAUGAGCUUCAUAGCAGAGCUGCUGGAGUGGUUUGAGGUUAAGAAGCCUGAUUUUGUCAAGCCCAUCCAACCCAUUGACCUCACAGAUGUGUCAGGAUUACUCAGCUGCACAAGUCCUGUCAGUGGGAACAGCAACAGUGGUUCUCCGUCAUUUAUCUUCAAACAACCUUUUGUGCCCAUCUCCUCUCCAGUGUCGCCAGAAAGCAAGAGCUGGACAAAGAAACAAAUCAGUCGUCCUCUGUCAGCAGUGACUUUCAGCAUCCCAUUCGGCCUGGACAGUGAUGUUGACAUUGUCAUGGGAAACCCAAUAGAUUCUGUUUUUCGCUCUGUCAGCACCGACAACCUCACCACUGGCAUCCCGGCUCUGAGCUCCCCGGCAGCAUCAGCAGGAAUGAUUCGUGUCCCAUUCAGCCCUCCAGAGGAACUCAGUCACCUGGUCAGCGCCUCAGCCCCAUUGCAGCAUUCCUCCUGGAUCCCCUAUGCACAAACAGCGCCGCUGGGAGAGUUGCCGACCAUUGAGGAGGCUCGGCAAGUGGUUCAUAUACCCGGCAGCAAAGAUAAGAAAAAGGGAAGAUUGACUGAGAAGAAUGGACGAGAGGUGCUUACAGGCAGGCCGGAGCCUAGGCUGUGUCCAGAGGGAGCUCCUGCAGGUUUCUUUCUGCACUCCCCUGAAGAGGAUAGUUCUCGGCUCAGCAGCUCGGCUCCCUGUCGCUCUGUAGUCCAGUAUCGGCCAGUCAGAGGCAAUGUUGAGAAUGCCGAGAGGCAAGGUAGGAGAGAGAGAUCAGGAAAGCACUCUGAUAUGUCGCGUGAUGAUGAUUCUGUUCUAAGAGAUGGCAGCAUUGACUCUUCUGAAGCAUCAGAUGAUGCUCCCAGAAAUGCCCCAGGGAAUAUUCGGCCCUCUAAUGGUAAAGGGACUCACAACAACAACAGUCCACACAUGACAAGCUUUGCUGAACGCAGAGACAACAGACGAAGACACCCCGCCACCCCUGGAGAAGAGUCAACCUCAGCUCCAACCCCAACAACCCCAGGCACACCACACACCCCCUCCACACCAGCGUCCGGUCAACAGGGCAGUCCAGGUCUCAGAGGGUCUGAGCCGGGCUCUGAAGCCUGGGAACUGGGAGCCCGACUUGAGGAAAAACGCAAAAAUAUCGAGGCUCAAAAGAAACGGAUCGAAGCUAUUUUUGCGAAGCACAGGCAGAGGCUUGGAAAAAAUGCUUUUCUUCAGCUGAAAAGAGAGCGAGGAGAGGGGGUAGUGGAUGGAGCUGAGGAGGAUGAUUUGACCCUUGAGGAGCGUUUAAGUCGCAUGGAGGAGCAACUGAGAAAGGAGGAGGAGAAAGAUACAGAGAAGGAGAAGCCAUCUGUUUCCAACCCUCCUCGUUUGGAGAAACAGGUCACCUUCUCUGUGGACAGUAAAAAAGGAGGGGAGAAACAGAAAGGAGCAGAAAUAGGAGGAGAAAAAGACGUGGAGAAAGGAGGAGAAAAAGGAGCAGAUAAAGGAGAGGGUGUUAUCGUGGAAUACAAUGAAGUGGUGCAGAAGCUCAGUGAAGCUCUACAGUCUCUCCAAAAAGACAUGCAGAAACUAACAGAACAGCAGCAGCAGCUCAUGAGCAACCAAAGACCCAGAAAUACACCCAAAACUACCCCAAGAAGCAAUUGCAAAACCCCUCCUCACACCCCAACAAAGACACCACCGAGAACACCGACGAGAACUCCCUCCAGGAGCACUACUAAGGCUUGGGUGAUCCCUGCUGCUUCUAAUCCCCCUGCUGCUUCUUCCCCAUCCCGCCGCACCCACAUUCCUUCCUCAUCCACCUCCCCCAAAGUGAUUAUCUCCAGCUCGUGCCCAGCUCCUCGAACCAAACUCCACUCCUCAUCAUCUCCCCGCAGUCCUAAACAAAGCUCCCAUCCCCACCACCAAGCUCACCCACGACCAUCUGAGCUCAAAUUCCCUCCGCUUAACCGUGUCUUAGCGCCAACCCAGAAUGUGGACACCAUUCCACACCUGCGCCGUGUCUCUCCCAGCAAGUGUCAGGUCCAGACGUCAUCUUCCUUCCGAAUUGGUGGACUACGGACCCCUCAGGAGUCUCCUCAGCCUGCCCAGCCACUGCCGCCUGACGAGAGCACCUCAGACACUGGCUCGAGUGAGACACCCACCCAGUUCAGCCUGGAGCUGGAGCAAGAGGAUGCAGAGUCAGUUGGAGCACUGCCAGUCUUGCCUCAGUUCAGACAAGAGAGGCCAAGGACCACUGGAGGCAGCAGCUCCGGUGCUCCUUCUGAGUGCUCUUUUGAGAGCGACACUCUGUCCCUCUCUGCUGCAUAUAGCGCAGGUGGUGAAGGAGAAAGAGGUGAUGGUCCUACACAGCCCUGCAGCCUGAUUCAGGUGUCACUGUCAUCUGUUGGAGAGCCGGAGGGAGGCAGUGAUGAACCCAUUGAUGAGGGCCAGGGGUUUUCCUCUGAUUCCAUGAGUGACCAUACAGAAUCUGCUGCAGAAGCUGCAAGAGGACCAGAUCCUCAACAGCAGGAUCCAAUCUUAAUACUUAAUCAACCUACAGAGGGCAGCAAUAGGUCAAAAGCACAAACUGAGCCAGCAGAAGACCACACCAGAUACACUGAGACAUCAGAACCAAAUGGGGAGAAGAAUGAACCUGGAACAAGAGGAGGAAUCGGAUUCUUUUUUAAGGAGGAUGCGCACAGUGAAGGGGAAAUGGCUCAGCGUAGAGCGCUGCUCUUAGAAAGACAACAAAAGAGAACAGAGGAGCUGAAAAGGAGGAAACAAUGGCAUGAACAAGAAAGGGAAAACAGACCAGCAUCCUCUGAAAGAAGAGAGGCAUCCCCCUCCAACACGCCUCCGGCGGUCACAACCUCACCUUCUCCCACCCCUCCUGCCACUCCAGCUCGGCGCGGCGAUUUUACACGAGGGGAGUAUGAACGACGACAGCAGCUAAGAAUCAUGGAAGACCUGGACAAAGUCCUGAAGCAAAAACAAAUCAAUCAUCCAAGCCGAAUGUCUCUUAAGAAAACCCGCUCAAGACCUCGCAGCAUGACCAGGGAAGAAACCAAGCUGUCUCUCAGUCCAGCCAAAGGAGCAACUGACUCUAAGCUGACAAAGGUCUUCUCACACUCCUCACAAAACCUUGCAGCCACAGAUGAGCUUGGAAACAAUGGUGACUCCACAAAGAGACCCCAGAGCCGUCUUGAUUCCCCUUCACGAUGUGUAACACCAAGCAGACCCAUAAAUCAGAACGGAGACAAAGACUGGGAGUCUGGUUCCAAUGGGACCUCACCUGCCCCAGAAUUCACAGGCCCAAAACUGUUUAAAGAGCCAAGCUUCAAGUCUAAUAAAUUCAUUAUUCACAACGCUUUGUCGCGCUGCUGCCUGGCUGGGAAGGUGAACGAGAUGCAAAAAAACAAGAUAGUCGAGGAAAUGGAAAAGAGCUCCGCCAACCACUUCCUCAUUCUCUUCCGCGACUCCAACUGUCAGUUCAGAGGCGUUUAUACCAUGAACCCCGACACCCAGGAGCUGGUGAGGCUGGCGGGCGUCGGCCCACGGGCUGUUAGCUCCAGCCAGGUGGAAUCCAUCUUCAAAUACAGCUCCGACAGGAAGCAGUUCAGCACCAUCCCAUCAAAAACCAUGGGGAUGAGUGUCGACGCCUUCACCAUCCCCAGUCAGCUUUGGCAGGGAGGAGGUGGAGGAGGAGCGGGAGGUGGCGGUAGCAGGAGAGCAAGUGUCACUAAGAAGGUGGCUGUCUUAAAGUGAGGGGGAGUGUAAUUAGAAUAUUAUCACAAUGAAAAAAACUAUUCAGACACACAACAAAGCUAUUUAUGUGCACAUUGAUGGAGCCUCUUGUGUGUAAUCUCUCUUCCCUUAGAUUUGGUCUAGAAUUACAAAUGUUUCUAUUCCCUUUACAUCUAUGAAAAUGUCCACUGUGUAACUUUAAUAGAACAGACACACAUUAAUAGAGGAAACGGAGCAUUUCUUUUUAAAAGGUUGCCAAUUUACUGUGCCCAUUAUUAUUAAGUUCAAACUUGAGCUUUUGUGUUGAAAGAAAAUUCAACACUUUUGAUGUGCACAUUGAAAAACCUUUCUAAUAAGCUGGAUAGUUCCUGUUUCUGUCUCAGCCAAACAACAGAGAAAAUGCCUUUCAGUCAGAUCAAAUCACUGAACUGUGAAUUUUUUUAUGUUAAUUCUCUGAGUACCUGUUACUAUGUGGAUGAAAACACAUUUGAUAGCCAUAAACAUGUGAUGCAGAGAUGGACUUUGUCCGACUUCAAGUGGACUUGUUUGGAUGUUAUUUAAUCCCAGCGGUUUUUAGACAUAACUGCAGCAUGAAUGGUACUUUACUCUUUGUAGUGAAAUAAUAUCACAAUGUAAACUUGUGAUUUAAUGAAAAUGAUUAUGUGUGAACAUUAGACGCUCAUUUAAACCUGUUUUGUACAGUAAUCUUUUAGCAUAAUUCUGAAUGAUGUGUGAGAGGAACCUGGGCUGUUAUGCUCUCAGAUGGAGAUGGGUGAUGAUAGCCUAUGAAUAAAUUCUAAGUUGGAUUUCA